UAGGGCUGCAGGGUUCUGGUUGAUGCACGGGACAAACUGGGGAUCCCUUGGCAGUACACCGAGAAUGAGAAGCACGGAAUGUUUUUGAUGGCUUUUGAAAACAAAGCUGGAAUGCCCAUAGAGCCUGCCACCUUCCAGCUGUAUGUACCUGCACUGGGCGCGCUGUGGAGGGAUUCAGGAAUCAAGGAAGCCUUCAGCCGUCGGAGCGAGUACCAGCUGGGUGAAUCGGUGAAAUACUUCCUGGAUAACCUGGAUCGGAUCGGUCAGCUGAAUUAUUUCCCCAGCAAACAAGAUAUUUUGCUGGCUAGAAAAGCCACCAAGGGGAUAGUAGAGCAUGAUUUCAUCAUUAAAAAAAUACCUUUCAAGAUGGUGGAUGUAGGUGGACAGAGAUCUCAGCGUCAAAAGUGGUUCCAGUGCUUUGAUGGAAUAACUUCAAUUUUGUUUAUGGUCUCCUCCAGUGAAUACGAUCAGGUUCUCAUGGAAGACAGGCGCACAAAUAGACUUGUGGAGUCCAUGAAUAUCUUUGAGACAAUAGUCAAUAACAAGCUUUUCUUUAAUGUUUCUAUUAUCCUAUUCCUCAACAAGAUGGAUCUUCUUGUAGAGAAGGUAAAGACUGUCAGCAUUAAGAAGUAUUUCUCGGACUUCAAAGGCGACCCUCACAGGCUAGAAGAUGUUCAACGUUAUCUGGUGCAGUGCUUUGACAGAAAGAGGAGAAACCGUAGUAAGCCACUCUUCCACCACUUCACCACUGCCAUAGACACUGAAAACAUCCGCUUUGUGUUUCAUGCCGUGAAGGACACGAUCCUUCAAGAGAAUCUGAAGGAUAUUAUGUUGCAGUGAAGGAGAGCAGCCGAUGUUCUGUUAAAAUUUGCCGGAGGGUUAGAUCAAAGUUUUUAUCCUUUCUUUAUGGCCCUUGCAUGUGGUGUAGGACCCGUGCUAAUUACUUGGCUCAGGAAUGCUGUGAACUAGCCAGUCCAAACAGAGGAGCUAUAGGCCGAAGGAGUCAAAUGUUAAUGUUAGCUACUGAAUCAUUUGGACUAGAAACACUACUGAAACAUGGCCGUUAUAGGUUCUGUACCUAGUUUGGAAUGCUGAAUAACACAACCACCUUCUGCCUUCUUAGAAAAAAGAAAUCUCUGACAAACCAUGCGUGGAAGACACGUUGUUUUAAAUGAAUAUGCUCAUUUUUCAGAGACGCUAGUAGUACAAACUGCCUUUUUUUUUUUUUUGUAGUUUGGAGGUGCUGAAUUGAUCAAACUAAUCUAAACGUAAUGAGAUUGGCAGCUGUAUUGGAGAACAUUAAUGGAAGUUCCGUUCUUAACCCGUAGGAAUAUAACCAGAUCUUGUGUGCGUGUUCAGCUUUGCCAAGGGUCUGGAAUCCACUUACCAAGGUGGAUGCACAGCUCUUGUCUGAAGGUUUUGCAUGAGUCUCCUGAGGCAAAAGUCUAAAACUGUAUGAGGAAACCCAUGUUGGAGUAAAUUGGAUG